UGCGCGCCAGAGGCGCCGGUAGAUUAACUCAGGAAGGUCGGUUGCAGCCCUGUUAACCGACAAACAUGAUGUCCCUUGCCGCCCGUUCGGGGGCAUUUUCCCCUUACCUACUAACUACAAAUCAUGCCGUGGCAGGUCCACUGAAGGCUUUGAUACCGGGCGUCGUUACGAAGAGCGAUAAACUCUUGAUGGACACGAAAAAACCAUUCCUGCGCCGCGAGUCCUUGUCCUGCCAGAGCGCUAAAAUCGGGCUCGCCGUGUCCGUCAGCAUCAACGCUCACUGUGGAGUGCGUUUCGCCCACACAGACAUCAAGGUUCCUGAUUUCUCUGACUACCGUCGGCCUGAAGUUUUGGACCCAAAGAAGUCCUCACAAGAGAGCGGUGAGGCCCGGCGGGCCUUCUCUUAUCUGAUCACAGGCUCCACAGCUGUGAUUGGAGUCUACGCUGCCAAGACAGUCGUCACACAGUUUGUCUCCUCCAUGAGUGCUUCAGCUGACGUGCUGGCUUUGUCUAAGAUUGAAAUCAAGCUAUCAGACAUCCCUGAGGGUAAGAACAUGACCUUCAAAUGGAGAGGGAAGCCCCUGUUUGUCCGCCAUAGAACAGAAAAGGAGAUUGCAGUUGAGGCUGACGUUAAUCUUGCUGAGCUUCGGGACCCCCAGCAUGACAAAGACCGAGUUUUGAACCCGUCCUGGGUUAUCGUCAUCGGUGUGUGCACCCACCUGGGCUGUGUGCCCAUCGCUAAUGCUGGUGACUAUGGUGGCUAUUAUUGCCCCUGCCACGGCUCUCAUUACGAUGCAUCUGGUCGCAUUAGAAAAGGCCCUGCUCCACUCAAUCUGGAGGUGCCAUUCUACGAAUUCCCAGAUGAUGAAACAGUGAUUGUAGGAUAAAGGAAAGGACUAUGCUCUAAUAAUAUCUAUGAUCAACGCUGAAUCUGUUCUUUCCUGGUCUGUUUUUGCCCAUCUUGUUUUAGACACAAAUUAUCUACAUUGACUCAGUGGUUAAGAAAGCUUAAUUGUAAGUAAUAAAUGUGUAUUUUAUCUUCUAGAAAGCCUCAGUCAGUGUUAUUUAUUCAGGCUCAACAUAUAAAUCAAGUUUUCUUGACAAUUACAUGGGCUGAUUGUUUUAUGCAAUGUAGGUAAUCCACAUAAGGAGGAAAUUAGAUCUCUGCUAUAGACAAUAACUUAUAAUAUGAAGAGAAAAAGGUCAAAGGCUUGGAAAUUUUUGAACAGCAGAAAGUCAUAAGGGAUGGUGGCAGCAGGGUGUUUUUCAUUUGUUGGUGAACAAAAUGUAAUUACUUCAACAGAACUCCAGCAAUGAUACAAUGUUCAAGGUGACAGAUUGCUGUGAUACUGUGAAACAUACUUUUUUUUUUUUUCCACAAACAGUGAUGAAUGUUAAUUUUUUUUAUUAUGGCUAGGUUUUAUUGGAACCUGAUAAGUACAGCAAAUGUGAAAUAUAUGGAUGUUAAAAAUAAACUUGCAUGCUAUAUUCCUAAUAAACUGUGAGAAGACAGAGCUCUAAGAUGUAAACUGAAUAAAAGCUUCACACAUA